UUAAAUAAAAUGCGACGGAGGAAGCAUAGUGGAAAAGGAAUGGGAUAAGGUUUAUCUUGUUUAUUUACAACGAAUUCAUUUCACUGAACCUUGAAACUGCAAUAACGGCAUCACUGAAUGGCGAAGGGGAAGAAGCAACUGAUGUCAUCGGCGCCAUGGAGAGGCGAGGAGGAUACCACCGAACAAUUCCCAGACGCAAAUCUCAAAGUCACCAGUCAAUCUGAUGGAACUUCAACUAUGCAUGUCCCCCGUUCCAAAUCCAACACUCAUAAUCACGAUGAUGAUGAUGGAAUUGAAAUUGAUCCUGAACUUCGUUACAGUUUUCAACGCAAUUAUCAGUUUCUACAGCGAGUUUUUACCAUUGACACUAUGGUGAAACCUCUUCCGCCUGUCAUGGCUUACAAUGUCUCUCGCAACUUGAACUUCUUCACGCGCAUUUUCACUCAAUUCUUUGAUCCUGAAGGCAUUGCAGCUGCCCAGAAAUCCAUGGGAAUAGGACAGGAAGACAGAGAUCGCAGAGUUCGGUGAAGAUAAUCGCAGAAGACACCAUAAAAUAAAUAAAAAAUAUAUGUAAGAACUUUGAAGAUGAUAUUGAAUUGUCAUUUAUGAGUAAAAAAUUUCUUGAUGUUACUACUCGCAGAAUUGUCGAGCUUGUUUGUCCUGAUAUGUACUGAUGUAUAGUACAAGUUGAGUAGCGUUACAAUUUGAUAAUGUGUUUGCAAUUUCCUCAAAAAAGAUAUCGUGUCUGCAAUCUGUUAUUUUUGUUAGUUGUGC